UAUAAAAUGCUGCAAAAAAAAGAGAGAAAAAGAAAAAAAUUCAGAGACAAAAAUCGAGCCUUGUAUUUGUAUCCCUGAAUUUUGCUCUUUAGAUUGGUUCCGAUUAUCUAUAAAUUCUGGUUUGUCGAAGUUGGUGAGCUCAACAGAGUCGAGUUACGAAGAAUUGGAGAACGGUCUCUGCGUGGGUUUCAGAAGAGAAGAGACGUGAGGAAAUGUGGGGAUUUGGGGGAAGUUAUUAUUGGGGGAGAAGGGAAAAAAAAAGGGAAGGGAUAGUGGUGGUAUUUGCUUGGAUGUCGAGCCAAGAGAAGCAUGUGAAGAGCUACGUAGACCUCUAUUCGUCGCUUGGCUGGGAUUCACUUGUUUGUCACUCCCAAUUCCUCAAUAUGUUCUUUCCUGAGAAGGCUGAAGCUUUAGCAUUUGAUAUCCUCAACAUACUUACUGAGGAGCUAAAAAUUAAGUCAUGCCCUCUAGUCUUUGCAUCCUUUUCUGGAGGUCCAAAGGCCUGUAUGUACAAGGUUCUUCAGAUUAUUGAGGGAAAGUGUAAAUUACAACUGAAUUUGGAUGACUGCCGACUGGUUAGGGACUGUAUUUCGGGCUAUAUCUAUGAUUCUAGUCCAGUGGAUUUUACAAGUGAUCUGGGGAGACGAUUUCUUGUUCACCCAUCUGUUCUUAAAAUCUCCCAUACACCAAGAGUUUUAUCAUGGAUGGUAAAUGUCAUUAGUGAUGGUUUGGAUGCAGUCUUCCUCAACAGAUUUGAAUCAUUGCGAGCUGAGUAUUGGCAGACUUUGUACUCUUCUGUUAGCAUGGGGGCCCCAUAUCUUAUUUUGUGUUCAGAGAGUGAUGAGCUUGCUUCAUAUCAAGUUAUUUGCAAUUUCACUCAAAGACUUCAAGAACUUGGGGGUGACGUAAAACUUGUGAAGAUGAGUGGCUCUCCUCAUGUAGGUCACUAUCGGGUUUAUCCAAUUGAUUAUAAGGCUGCAGUGACUGAGCUCCUUGGCAAGGCAGCUGCAGUAUAUUCCCAAAGAACUCAACGACUUGGAGGAGAAAGAUUGGUUGUAGAAGGCACGCAUGAUGAGGUCUCUGAACCAAUUGGUGACCUGCGGAAAGCAGUUGCCAGUCCAAACAAAAGCUUCUUGGGAGUUCCUAUCCAACCGAGUGACCAUUUCUGCAUGCCAAGUUCAGUGGGUUAUCAUGAGGGUAGAGAUGUUGGUUCUUUGCAAGACGAACAUAAGGAAGGCGUGAUUCAUUUGCAUAGCCCACCAAGUAUUAAUGCUCAUGGAGUUCUUGGUCAAAUCCUUUUUGAUGUGUGCGUUCCAAAGAACGUUGAAGAUUGGGAUGUAAGGUCAUCAACAUCCUUGAGUAGUCGACAAUAUACUUCUACUCGGAGGCAUGCUCCAUUUAAUCCGAUCAAAUGUAUACGUCGUUCAAGAUUGUAAAAUCUCUCACUACUAUCUUAUGAAGGCUGAUAAGUAUGUGAAUAUGCGGGAUUUGUACCUGAUUUGAAGACUUGGCUUGGAAGAUAAAGAGGAAAUAACUUGUUGAAAGCUAACAUGAAAUUCCUAUAAUAAUAAAUGUGGUAGACAAAGGAACUUGAGAUAUGAAAUUUGUAAUAAUUGAUGUUUUGUAGGACAAUAAGGGUAUCGUCGCCUGCCACUAAUCUGGCUGGUGUCCCCUCUUCGAACGAAAUGUACAGUGCUGUCAAAGUUUUUGCUUGAUAUGAAGUAUGCUAAAGAUCCAUUGCA